AUGGGUAAACGACAAUUGGCUGUGCUGGUCUUGACCUUUGCGGCAAUUACUUUGUUGUACGUGAAGCGAACACGGGAGGAGUCGGGCGAGUCUUUGUAUGAUACUUUGUUUACAGGUUGGUUUUAUUUUUUUUACAUUGGGGGGGGGGGUUGCCCUAUUGGUGAAGAACAGGGAGGGGUAAGGGAGUGAAGAAGGGAGGGGGGGGGGGGGGGGAGAGAGAAGAGGGAGAAUUGGGGUAAAGGGAGUGAAGAAGAGGGGGUAGGGAAGAGGGAGGAGGCGGCGGAUAAAAAAUUAGCCCUAACCCUAUGGAUAAAGAGGGGGGAGGGGUGCGAAGGAUACAGGGAGUGAAGAAGAGGGGGGGUGGGUUGAUGAAGAAGAAGGGAGGGAGGGGUGUGAAGAAGAUGAGGUAGGGGGGAGAGGGAGGAGUAGUAGCUAGGAAAAAGGCCAGUUACCAAAGAGGGGCGGGUUAGAUGAGAUAAAAAAAAUUUUUGGGCGUGGUAAAAAUUAAUGAAAUUUUUUUUUAAAUGGGCAUGGUAACAUUUUUUGCUAUAAAAACAUUUUUCACGUGAAACCUAACGGGCUUGGUAAUUUUUUCGUUAUAAUUGUAAAAAGACCUCUGCCUUAAAUUUAAAAAACUCAUCUUUACUUCCCCCUUCUGUCCCUUCUCCCGUCAUCUUUUUUCCUUUUUGCCUCUUCCUUACCCUACCCUCUUCCCACGUUUCCCUCUCUCCCUGCACUUAUCAAAAAACAGUAAUUUUGGGCGUGGUAAAAUUUUAAAACUUAAAAAAUCAAUUUUUUUCAAUUUAAAAAUUUUAAUUUUUUUAAAUUUAACUUUUCAGCCUCAGGAACCGGUUUUGAAAAUGACAAAAAUGCCAAAAUGAUAGUGUCUAAGCCCUAUAAAAAUGACUUUUGUCUAACACCCAACUAUUGGAAAGCUGACGCCAUUUAUGAAGACUCCAUCACUUAUGUUGUUCAUUCUACCAUGCCCUUCGUGGAUUACUUGGAAAAGCUGGUUGAGGUCUGGGAUGGACCGAUUUCAUUGGCUGUUUAUGUACCUGCCCCAGAUCUUCGUUACAGUAGUCGGCACUUUAGAAAUCGACUGUUUUUGGUAAGUUCUACCCUACCCUACCCUACUUUACCCUACCCUACUCUACCCUAUCGUACCCUACCCUACCCUACCCUGUCCUACCCUACCCCACCCUACACUACCCUACCCCAUCCUACCCUACCCCACCCUACACUACCCUACCCUACUCUACCCUACCCUACCUAAAUUUACCCUCACCUUUUUCAGGACGCCCUAUCAAAGCUAGAAACUCUAUCAGUAGCCAAGAAAUCCGGAAAGGUUAGUAUACAUCUUCUCUUCGACAAAGAUCAUCAUUGUGGUAACCUCGUCUACUCGGAAUCUCAACUAUACAAGAUAGACACGUAUCUAGAGGGGGUACAUGAAGGUGAAGCCCACAUUCCAAACUACCCAUGCCAAGUUUUGAGAAAUAUAGCUAGGUUUUACAUGAUCACUACAUUGUUUGUGGCAUCUGACAUUGAAAACAUACCAUCGCCGAGAUAUGUCCAAAGAGUGUUGCCUCUGGCCAAGAAAAUGAUUUUAGAGCAAGUUUUGAGGCUUUUAUUGAAUUUUCAAAAUAAAAAAAAAUUUUGAUUUUUGAAAAUAAUUUUUGACAUUUCAAAUUUUUUUUAAAUUCAUGGCCAUUUUUAGAAAGAAAGAACAAGUUGUUCUAGUACACAGACGAUUUGAGCUUGAUUUAUUCCAAACUGUGCCUAGAAACAAAGAAGAACUCAAAGUAAGUCAUCAACACUGAAAGGUAGAGGGUAGGGUGGAAUAGAGUAGAGCAGGGUAGGGUAGGGUGAACUAGAGGAGAGUAGGGUAAAGUCUUAGGUGCCAACAUAAAGAACCCGGGGUGAAUUAGAGUAGAGUAGGGUAAUCUAUUAGGUGCCGACAUAAAGAACCCGCCAUACUUUGCCUGUAAUUUCCUGUAAAAUAUGGCGGGUUCUUUAUGUCGGCACCCAAUAGGCUAAUAAGGGAAUGUUACAAACUACUCCACGCAAAUCAUAAUACGAGUUAUACCGUUGAAAAGAGCGUUAAAAAGUAGUCUAAAAUCGGAUUUUUUUAGCUGCCGAAACCAUGUGGCACGGCAGCAACAGCUCGUUAUAUAUCUUUAUAUGUUUAAAGAGUAUACCUUUAAAGUUCAGAAAAAGCUAUUUUUAGAUAAGUGUUUUUUUCUAAAAUGGAAGAAAAGUAAAAAAUAGGACUUUAAAAAAAUUUUUUUAAUCAAAAUAUUGUUUGGCUAGCCAAAACUUCUGGUCAUGAUGGCUGGGCGCCAAAAUGAUAUUGACGGGAUUCGAACUCCCCGCCUUCUGCACCCCAGACUAACUUGUUAACCACUCGACCACACUGGAUUAAAGGUUCAAUCCAUUCGUUUUGCUCAAGACGAAUGAGAAGUUCAAAUAGAAAACCCUAUGUAAAUCCCUUGAUCGUUAAUACAUGCCGUGCCAUAUGGUUUCGGCAGCUAAAAAAAGCUGAUUCUAGGCUACUUCUUAACGCUCUUUCUAACGGUAUAACUCGUUUUAUAAUUGGCGCGGAGUAGUUUGUAACAUUGCCUUGUAAGAUAGGGUAGAGUAGGACUUGUUAAAUUAGAAUAGGGUAGAUUAAGAUAAGGAAGAGUAAAGCAUGGUAAAUUAAAAUAGGGUAGAUUAAGAUAGGGUAGAGUCAGAUAAAGUAGAGGACAAUAAAGUAAGGUAGAGCAGAGUAGGUUAGACUAGAGAUGCCAAGGGGAAGCCAAAGGCUGGGGCUGAAAGAAAGUCAAGAACUAAAUCAAGAGCGUGGCUGAGACUGAAGUUAGGGGUACAUAGCGUAAGAGAAGGAUAGGGUGCGAUACAGUAAGAUAAGGAAGGGGUCGGUAUAGUAAGAUAAUAUAAGAUGAACGCUACCACCUAGAACACGCUAUGGGCUUCUGUACCUAAAGGGUUAUGAUAGGGUAGGGUAGGUUAGGGUAGGAUAGCUACCAAAAAGUCCUGAAAAUUCACUUUUCAGAAGUUAUACUACGAUGGAAAAGCAGUUGAAUUCCAUAAAGAGUACUAUGCCGCAGGGCAUUUCAUUCCAUAUAUAGACGAAUGGUUCAACAUUCCUGAAAAUUUCAAUAAAGCUACUAUUUUUAAAGUAAGUUCAGACUAUUUAUUACCUAAAAUCUAUUUAUUACUUAAAAAACAAGCUAAUAGGCUUCAAAAAAGACUUGCCGCUUAUCUUAAUGUAUUUGCACUAAAAAAACGACAAUACUUUUUAUAGGCUUUUUAUAAUAGUAUUAAUAGUAUCAGCAACAGCAUAGCCUAUGAACGGCAGCUUAUCGUAUUUUACACUGUAAUUUAUCAGCUACUGUCUGUUUUUACUUCGGUAAAAGUAACCAUGGUCAUUUACAGUACACCAACUACUCAAAUGGAGAAUGGGAGCCCCAAUUCAUUGGAGACAAUACUAAAGUGCCAUUUUACGAUGAAAACUUCCCAUACCCCCACCGAGGUCAAACUGAAAUGGCAUAUGAAACCUGUAGAGCUGGCUAUAAGUUUGCCGUCUUGAAUGAUGUAUAUACCUUACAUAUGGGUAUCAAAAGGGCACCUUCGAGGGCUGAAAUGUUGGCUUUUGCUAAAGUUGAUGAGUUCUAUUGGAAGGUGGGUUUUGGGGUCGUACUGUAAGAGAGAUUGCCUUUCUGUGACUCUACUCUAUCUUACCUUACCCUACCGUACCGUACCCUAACAUAUUCCACCCGACCCUACCUUACCCCUACCGUACUCUGCCCUACGCUACCCCAUUCCACCCUACCCUAGCAUACUCCACCCUACUCUACAAUAUCCUGUCCUACAUCAAUUACCCUGCACUACUACUAUGAUAUCCCUACCCAACCAUGUCCUGCCCAUCUUUGCCUUACCCUAAAUAAAAAAAAUUACCCUGCCUAAUCAAUCCAUACCCGAUCUUACCUCACUCUACCUUACCUUAUCUUACCAUACCCUAACUUACCGUACCCCUACCCUGCCCUGCUCCACCACACCCGCCCCUACCAUCACAGUAACUUAUAAAACUUUACUAUCAGUAAUAGUACCAUACUAUACAGUACUAUCGAAACAUUUUUAAAAAUAUUUUUUUUUGCCAUUUCCAGACAGCCGAAACCUUCCGAAGCGACAUGGACAAGGUCUACCCAAAAACGAAAGCAAAAUGCGGGUUCUUCAAGGAGUAA